GUGGGUGGAAGUUGGGAGAGUGGAGUUGCUCUGUGAGUCAGAAACGCAUUCACAGCAAUUAGCACUGACCAGGGGAAGGGCUGCCUUGGAUCUAGAGUCUGGGCAGUGCAGGAUCAAGAAGCCAGCAGACCUGGCCUCUGGUGAUGGGCUGCAUCCUACUUUGUGGAUGACUAUCUUCUCACUGUGUCCUCACAUGAUGGAGAGCAGAUAGAGGAAGCAAGCUGUUUCAUGUUGCUUCUUAUAAGACAAGGAGACAUGCAAAUACCAGAAAUCCUGGGGAGACAUGGAAAUGGAUUAACGAGAGCAACACACAUGGUACUGGAGGUCAUCAUGAAUGCAGGAUGGGACUCCAACUCUUCAGAAAACUGGCAUCACAUCUGGACUGUCAAUGGCACAAAGCAGCAUCUGUUCUCAGAUGCUAAUGUCACCUACGUGAGCUACUAUCUUCACCAGCCUCAAGUGGCAGCGGUCUUCAUUGUUUCCUACUGUCUGAUCUUCUUCCUGUGUAUGGCGGGAAAUACUGUGGUUUGCUUUAUUGUCAUGAGGAACAAACACAUGCACACGGUCACAAAUCUCUUCAUCUUAAACCUGGCAAUCAGCGAUUUACUCAUUGGCUUCUUCUGUAUGCCUGUAACCCUACUGGACAAUAUUAUAGCAGGAUGGCCGUUUGGAAGUACGAUGUGCAAGAUCAGUGGAUUGGUCCAGGGAAUAUCAGUUGCAGCUUCUGUCUUCACGUUAGUUGCAAUAGCAAUAGACAGAUGCCAACUGCCAGAACUGCGCCAGGUCAAAGUCAGGACCCAGAGACUACAAAUGGAUCUCCCAUGUGGGAGGUUUUGGUGUGUUGUGUACCCUUUUAAACCAAAGAUCACCAUCAGGACGGCAUUUGUCAUUAUUGUGAUCAUCUGGGUCCUGGCCAUCACCAUUAUAUCCCCAUCUGCAGUGAUGCUCCAUGUGCAAGAGGAACAAUACUACCAGGUGAGACUCAACUCCCAGAAUAAAACCAGCCCUGUCUACUGGUGCCGGGAAGACUGGCCCAAUCCGAAGAUGAGGAAGAUCUACACCACUGUGCUGUUCGCCACCAUCUACCUGGCUCCACUGUCCCUCAUUGUCAUCAUGUAUGGAAGGAUUGGGAUUUCCCUCUUAAAGGCUACAGCGCCCCACACAGACCAGCAUACGCAAGAACAGUCACAGGUGUCUAGGAGGAAGCAGAAAGUCAUUAAGAUGCUCUCGACUGUGGCCCUGCUGUUCGUUCUCUCCUGGCUGCCCCUGUGGACUCUGAUGAUGCUCUCUGACUAUGCUGACCUUUCUGCAAGUGAACUGCGCGUCAUCAACAUCUAUAUCUACCCUUUUGCGCACUGGCUGGCCUUUUGCAACAGCAGUGUCAACCCCAUCAUCUAUGGUUUCUUCAAUGAGAACUUCCGCCGUGGUUUCCAAGAUGCUUUCCAGCUCAGACUCUGCCAAAAAAGAGCCAAACCCAAGGAAGCUUCUGCCCUGAGAGCUAAAAACAAUGCGGUUGUGAACACAUCAAGUGAGCUGGCCCAGGGACCCACAUUUCAAAACCUACAUGCGGAAAAUUUGCUUGAUAGAGGAAGUGAUGAAAAACCCAAGCAGGCACUGAUGGGAGAAUUAGGAGAAGCUACCAAGAGUAUUGAGAUUUAGGAAGAGCUAAAGUGGUGAUGAUAACCCUACUGAGUGUGAUACUUGUAUAUUUACAAGUUGUUGCUUUUGCUAGCUUUGCACCUCAGUUCUUUCUACUGCUGUAAAAAAAAAAAAAAAAAAAAGAUACUGGAGAUCCUCUCUGGCAAAAAGAAAAAAUAAAAAGGAACCAAAGUGCUUUUAUGACCAUAACCAGUAUUAGGCAGUGACUCAUGCAUAUUUGCCAGGUUAAAUCCAUUUCUAGGGAACAGGCUUCUACGACCAUACUUGUCCAACUUAACCAUUUGUGCAUGAGGCAAAUGAGCCAAGUGCAAGUAUGUAUGUGUGUGUGUGCAUGUGUUUAUAUAGAUAUAUAGAUAUAUAUAUAUAUACACAUGUUUUGCCUUCCAAAUAGUGAUAGUAGGCAGUGCUUUGCAGUACUUUGUCAACAUUCCCUUUAAUUUGGGAUUUGUAAUUUUAGGCUAUAGAUUUGUCUGCUUCCAUUAAAAACUGCAUUUAGCAAUGGAUUAGAUUACAUGAAGUCCUUUGCAAAUUUGCGUCAAUCUAGAAGAAACAAGAUACUGUACCAUGCGUAUUUAUUUAAUAGGUGAGCUAAUUUUCUCUGUGUUAGAAGGCUGUAGAAGAUAAAGAGGGGGCAGUGCUGUGAGGUAGCAGCCUCCGCCUGCAGUGCCGGCAUUCCAUACAGGUGUCAGUAUUCCAUACAGGUGCCAAUUUGAGUCCCAGCUGCUCCACUUCCUAUCCAACUUUCUGCUGUGACCCGGAAAGCAAUAGAAGAUGGACCAAGUCCUUGGGCCCCUGCACCCAAGCGGGAGACCCAGAAGAAUCUCCUGGCUCCUGGCUUCAGAUCAGCACAGCUCCGGCCAUUGCAGCCAUCUGGGAAGUGAGCCAAUGGAUGGAAGACCUCUCUCUCUCUCUCUUUCUCAAUCUCUCUCUCAAUCACUAUCUCAAUCUCUCUCAAUAUCUCUCUCUCAAUCUCUGUCUGCCUCUGCCUCUCUUUCUCUCUGCUUCUGCUUUUCUAUAACUCUGCAUUUCAAAUAAAUAAAUAAAUCUUAGAAAGGGACACAGAGGAAUGCACAUCGUAAAGUUCACAGGAAAGGCAUAUUAUGUGUGGAUUUAAAAAAAAAUUGCAAUAAGACAAACCUAUAUUUUGAUUCAAUUUUUCAAUGAAUUUGUUGAAAUGCCCUGUAAUUCUCGUACUGAAAGUUGAUUUUCUUUAGAGUACACAGUUAGGAAAAUCAUGGUAUUGUUCCAUAGGAGUUACUGUUUCCUUUUUACAGUUUUCAAAAGUUUAUGAACUUGCUAAACCCACAUUUGUUACAGAGCUGAUUCAGGAUCCCAAUUUUGCCCCCUUUGUGUCUCUGAAAUAAGGUAAAUCCUUCAAUGAUGCAGCAGUUGGCAAAGAAAUAGCACUUCUCUUGUGAUGCAUGUAAUCAGAGAUUUCAACAGUCAUCAUAAAACUCCCAUAAAGUAUAUGGAGAGGAGGAAUAAUUAUUCUAAGCUUCCUUCUGGGAACAACAUUUAAGUCUAGCACUCAAGGUUUAGUAAAUUAGUACUGUGGACAAAAAAAGAAUUGGCAGUCCCUGGAUUCUGCUAUGUUAUAAUUAUAUAAAGAUAAUAGUUGUAAAUGCUAGCUAGCUUUGCUCCCAGGGUGAAAUAAGUCCCUAGAAAAUAGGGAAUUAUCACAAAUAGUUUGGCAAAUAAAAAUAAGUUCUGGGCAUGAAAUUCAUAUUUUAUCUUGGCAUUUAUGUAGUUCAAGCUGAAAACUUCUCAGUAUUCUAGGGUUUUGAGAAAUAUGAUUGUUGAGUUUUUAUUUGACUUCAGCUAUAUGUAUGUAAAUGAAUGUGUAAAUGUUUUCUGCAACUGGAAAUUUUGAAAUCAUAAGCAUGGGAUUUGAUCUUAUAUUCCUUUGCCUUGACUUACUUAGAUGAGGACUUACAGAUGGUGUACUUAGACUAAUAAAGCUUAUUUUGAUGGAGAUUAUACAUUUCUCAUGGUCAUCCUUACACAGAUGAAUCUUCUACCAGCACCUGAAACUCAUCACAACUAAAUCCAUGCUCAUCUCCCUGCAUUUAUCACCUUUAAAUCUCAUUGCCUAAUUCUUAAUGGUUGCAACUCCCUAACUGUCCUCACUGAAACACAUCCUAGUGUUCAGUAUCGAAUCUUUUAAUGCUUUCUUCAGUUGACAAACUCAUCUUCCUGAAGUAGAGGGCUAACUAGCUGUCCUUUGUAAAAUGUUUUCAAAAGCUCUCUGCCUUCUAAAACAUGUAGGUACUCAAAUACCAUCCUGGCCUGGCAUUUUCUCCCAGUUCCAUCUCUCAGACAUUGUUAUCUGUACCCCAGUCAAAUAGAGAUAAUCAUCCUAGAUUGUUGUGCCUUUCCAUUUAUUACUUUUUUUCUGCUUCACUUCUUAUUUGCCUGUCCAUCCUCUGUUCAAGGCAUUUUCAAAAGCCACUUCACUCAGAUAGUCUGUAUUGUUACAGCAAAAAUUAUUACUCCCUUCUCCAGGCACUGUGUACCUCUUUUACGACAAGUUAAUUUGCACUGUUAUUGCUGUGUUUUAUCCUUGCAACUAGAAUGCCAUGAUGAAUUAGAUCUUACUGACUGUUAGGUCUCCGAUGGAAUGGAUCACAGUAGUAGGCAGUCUAUACAUAGGUACUGCGUAGCUGCCACAGGAAAAUCUAUCUGUCUCUUUGCUUAAGGAGAAUGUCUAAUGCUGAAUGAGUAGAUUUCUUCACGUAGAUUUUAGCACACCUAUUGCAUCCAAAGGAUGACAACAAAGGUAAAAAAAUGAGCCAAGCUAUGAUGUUUUGAACAUGCAUGGCCUCAAAGUAUGUCAAUUCUGGAAUAAAACAAGAUUCACCACUUACUGGCUUUUUGCUUCGAACAAAUAAAUUCUAAUGCCUAAAUUUUCUAGUCCUUAACAUGGUAAUGAAAAUAGCUUCUUUAUCUUGCUUUGUUAUGACUAUUAAAUGAUUGGCGGAAAAAAUCAUAGAAAAUAAGUAAUAGCUGUCACUUAGGGCUAAAUUGUACAUAUCUGAGUAAUCUAAAAGGUAUUAAUAAUAGUUGUAUUUUUAAUGGUCUCAAUAUCUAGUUUUUUGUAAGUUCUGUUAUUGUUAUAAGAUCGCUUUGAGUGAUGCAUCAGAUCAUCAUUUUACAGAUGAGGACAUUGAUUCUAAGAACAGUUGCUUUGCUGAAAGUCAUGAAGUUUAAAAGUGAUGAAGCAAGUUUGAGACUCAUCUAUGUCAUUCCAACACUUUUUUCUUUAACUUUUGUUUUCUUGCUACAUAAUAUCAUCUAUAUGUUAUGAUUAACUUGUUUUGACUUCUUAACUACUUCUUCACCAGCUAUUUUUCUAAUUGUAAAAGUAAUAACUGUUAUUUGUAGAAUUUUUCAGUAAUACAGAAUGGUACAAAGAGUAGAGCAAAUUUAUACAUAAUCUCUCUACCAAGAAGAAGAAAUACUUUUUCUUACUAAUACUUAGAUCAGCACCCUUUACAUAUGAGGGCCUUCUAAAGGCUCAUGGUGGGCAGGUAUCUGGCCUAAUGGUUAAGAUGCCCACAUCUCAUAUCCAAGUGCCUGGGUUUAGUUCAUGGUUUCACUCCUAAUUCCAGAUUUCUACUAAUGUGCACACUUGGAGGUAGCAGGUGAUGACUCAAGUGUCUGGGUCCCUGCCAUCCAUGUGGGAGAUCUGUAUGGAGUCUUCAGCUCCCAACUUCAGCCUGGCUAUAGAGAGCAUUUGGAGAAUAAACCAGCUGAAAACCCUUGUCUUCACAUUUCUCUCCUCCUCCCCUUCCUUCUCCCUUUCCUUCUCCCCUUCUGCCUCUCAAAUAAAUAAAAAAUAUUUUAAAUACUUAUGGAAAAUGCAUAUUAUAAAAUAACUAUGUAUAGGUUUCAAUAUUGUUUCACAUCAAAAUAAACUGUUAACUCUAUUUUCCAUGACCUUUUUGAAGUCUCCUUGUACAUUUUUGCCAAUUGUGAUUGCCUUCUGAAGACAGAUUCCUGCUGGCACCGCAGCUCACUAGGCUAAUCCUCCACUUGCAGUGCCGGCACC